CGCGGAGAGCCCAACAGAGACACUCUGCAUCCGCUCGUGAUAGUUGGUGGCUGCGCAUCGCUCGCACGGAUUUUAACUUGAUACUAUCUCAGGAUUUUUUGCGGGAGAGGCGACUUUUGAAUAUUGCUAAGUGAGCGUAUUCAUCGCCUAUUCCUACACCAGUGGAUCGUAAUUUGCUGUGGUUUUGUGGGAUAUUUCCGAUAAGAAAAUGCCUGCCGAUAUGAUGGAAAAAAACUCAUCCUCUCCGGUCGCUGCAACCCCGGCCAGCAUGAAUACAACUCCGGAUAAACCCAAGACAGCUUCCGAACACAGAAAGUCAUCCAAGCCAAUUAUGGAAAAGAGGAGAAGAGCCAGAAUCAACGAGAGCUUGGGGCAGCUGAAAACUCUCAUCCUGGAUGCGCUCAAAAAAGAUAGCUCCAGACACUCUAAACUGGAGAAGGCGGACAUCCUGGAGAUGACGGUGAAGCAUCUCCGGAACCUCCAGAGAGCUCAGAUGACCGCUGCCCUGAACACCGACCCCACUGUUUUGGGAAAAUAUCGUGCCGGUUUUAGCGAGUGCACGAAUGAAGUCACUCGGUUCCUGUCCACCUGCGAAGGUGUCAAUACCGAGGUGAGGACACGGCUCCUCGGUCACUUAGCCAGCUGCAUGGGCCAGAUCAACGCUAUGAACUACCCUAGCCAGCAUCAGCAGCACCAACACCAGCUCCCUCCCACGGUGGGACCAACCCAUCCCUCCUUUGGCCAGUCCAUGGUGCAGAUCCCCAACUCACCCCCACAGGUCCUGCCCAUGAACCCGGUGUCCUGUAAAGGAGGCUCAUCGCCGGGCAAUUUAUCACCAGACGCCACCAAAGUGUACGGUGGUUUCCAGAUCGUACCUGCCAACGAUGGACAGUUUGCGUUCCUCAUACCUAAUGCGGCUUUUGCCCCAAACGGUCCGGUCAUCCCUGUGUACGCAAACAACGUCAGCACGCCGGUCCCCGUCCCAGCUGCGGUGUCCCCGGGAGCUCCGCCAGGCAACACGGACUCAGUGUGGCGACCCUGGUGAAUAGUGGAAAGGACAAAAAAAGACUUUAAAAUGACACUUAAUAGUUCUCUCUUUGUUGAAUGUUAGAAAGUUGUUUUGAUUUUUUUCUCGUAAAAUGGAAAGAGUAUGCACUAUAUUUGUACAGCGAACAGGGAGUAAAGUUCAUAUUGAAAUGAGAAUUGUAUUGUGGAAGUCCGUUCACUGCAUUUUUUAUAUAUAUAUUUGAGUUGUCUUUUUUUACUGUGUGAUGCCAAAGAUGUUCAAUGCUCUUAUGAUGUUCUUCGUUUUGGAAGACAAAUAAAUUUGUAAAGAUAUAAAAAAACAA